CCUCGACAAAGCAGCAGCCAACAAGCUCCACUCUCCCCACUCCACUCCCACUCCCACUGCCGCUCUACAAGCCACGUCCCCGCAACUGCUAGCCUAGGAGCACUCCAUCUUCCAUGCUGCCUACCUGAGAGCGCACGUCUUCUCUCGCACCUGCCUUUCACCAUGGAGCGCGGUGAAUACCAUCCGCCGCAGUUCGAGGGCGGCCAACGUCCUCGACCGAAGCGACCCGUCACGGAUUACGGCUCGACGACUGUCCAAUGGACGCGCAAUCGGCGCCCGCAGUACAAACACAUCUCCCCGCCUGAGAUCGAGCGUCCGAGUCCUAGCUAUAUCGUUGAUAUGGUACCUCCCGCCGGCCGCAUCACUAGCGCCGCCGACUCCAUCCCCGUCAAGGCGCUCCACUCGUCGCUGAACAAGGUCAAGCACCCGAUCAAUGUGGUCAAAUGGACGCCCGAAGGUCGGCGUCUGCUCACAGGCUCCACCAGUGGAGAGUUUACACUGUGGAAUGGCCAAGGCUUCAACUUCGAGACCAUCAUGCAAGCUCACGAAUCUGCCGUCCGCGCCGCCGUCUACACCCACACCGACGAUUGGCUCCUCUCGGCAGAUCAGAAUGGCAUUGUCAAGUACUGGCUGCCCAACUUCAACAAUGUCAAGGAGUUCCAAGCCCACGACCAAGCAGUCCGUGGUCUGGCCAUCGCCCCUACUGACGCUAAAUUCGUCACAUGUGCAGAUGAUGCUACCCUCAAGAUCUGGGACUUCACCACUGGCGAUGAGCACUCCACUUUGACGGGACACUCCUGGGAAGUCAAGUCUGUCGACUGGCAUCCUUCCAAGGGACUACUUGUAUCCGGCUCCAAAGACCACACUAUCAAGCUGUGGGAUCCUAGGACCGGCCGCUGUCUGGAGACAUUGCAUGGCCACAAAAACACCAUUGCAAAGACGCUGUUCUGUCCUACACACCCUGAUAUGCUCGCCACCUGUGCUCGUGACCAUACAGCCCGUAUCUUUGACAUCCGAAUGAUGCGCGAUGUGCUCCUCCUCAAGGGAAACGAAAAGGACAUCAUCACCAUGGCCUGGCAUCCUCAGCACCGCAACCUACUCUCGACGGGUGGUGUCGACGGGAGUAUCAAACACUAUCUUUUGAACGAGCAGAACCCUCCUCCGGGCGCCCCGCACACUCUGUCGGUGUAUGAUGACCCGAACCCCAAGAAAGCUCCCAUCCAGUCCAUCUAUCCAGCCCAUAGCAUUAACUAUGCCCACGAUUUCACUGUCUGGACUCUUGACUAUCACCCGCUUGGCCAUCUCCUAGCGUCUGGCUCUAACGACCGUGUUACGCGCUUCUGGGGACGCGCACGACCGGGCGAUACCGCCUGCUUUAGCGAUCGGUAUCAUAUUGGUCAGACAGCAGCGGAAGCCCAAGGUACCUACGAUCGCGGUCAAGGUCGAAGGCAGCAGCGUGACGAAGAAGAACAGGAAGCCGAGGAUGAAGCCGAGGGCCUCGUUGAUCAAAAGAUGCCCUCCAAGAAUUCAGGUGUACCACUUCUUCCCCCUGGCCUCACCCUUCCUGGCAUCACUCCCGCAAACGACGGAACUAGUAGCGCGCUUCCAGGGAUUGGGGGUGCACCUCCACCAAUGCCGCCUAGCCAUCCUCCGCUGCCCAUGCUGCCCACGGGCUUGCCGCCACCGCCGGGGCCAUUUCCAGGGUUCCCUCCUGGCAGGAAUCCGUUCGAGGGCAUUGACCCAGGUAGACUUGUGGAGAUGUUGGCGUCUGGCACAAUUCCCCCCCCUCCUCCUCCUCCUCUACCUCUCCCUAACGCCGCGACUGGUCAGUUCCCGCCGCCCAUUCCGCCGAACUUCCCGUUUCCGCCGGGUAUUCCUCCAGGUAUUCCGCCACCACCACCUGGAAUGACACUUCCACCAGGCUUUCCCCCGCCCCCUGCAGGAUUCGUUCCACCGCUUCCAGGGAGUGCUAUGAGUGUUGCUGUAGCUGCGCCGAACGGUGGAGGAUCUGCGAACGGAGAGAGUGGAAGCGGAGGCGUGAGGAAGCGAGCACCGUUGCCGAGUCAGCAGGACAGUCUGAAGGAGCAAAUGAGGCAGGGGAAGUAUCGACGGGCGAGAUGAAAACCCAAAUGAAGUCAAUGUUGUUAUCCUAAAGCAUAGGUAGGACUUUUCAGGGCAUAGCUCGGUGCUUGGGAGUUUACGGGACGCACACUAACUGGACGGCCAAUUUGGCGGAUCAAUACCCUUUUGUUCGGGCAUUCGGAUGUAAUUGUAACUAGAAAGUAGAGGAAUGCUAUCUCAUGCU